CUUCAGAUGUCUUCUAAAAGUCAGAUCGUUGUUUAUUUCCUUGACAUCUGAUGGAAGGGCAUUCCACAGGGUGGGCACCACUACCAAGAAAGCCCUCUGCUUGGUUCCCUGUAACCUCACUUCUCGCAGUGAGGGAACCGGCAGAAGGUCCUCUGCGCUGGACCUCAGUGUCUGGGCUGAAGGAUGGGGGUGGAGAUGCUCCUUCAGGUAUACUGAGUAUUUGCAGGCAGAGGGAGCGUGGGUGAUACUGUACUAUUGAGGCUCAUCCACACUGACAUUUGCCCUGUGAUUUCUAGUCACAGGUCUGAGGGGUUCUUCUUUUGCCCUGCAAAGUCAUACCUGCAACUGUUCCAGUUUUUCCAGGACAUCCCGAAAUUGCAGAAGUCGGGGUUUUUUUUGCAGAUGGGUGUUUGUUCUGUUUCGGCAGUAAACAGCAGGUUCCCCCAGGAAAAGCUGUGGGGCAAAGCUGAAACCUCUCAAACCCAUGACUAGGAAUCCUGGGACAAAACGAAAGUGUGGCUGAGCCCUUGAUUUGGCAGCAGAGCACCAAUGGUCCAUUUACAACUACAGUGGUACCUUGGUUCUCAAACGCCUUGGUGCUCAAACACUGCAAACCUGGAAGUAAGUGUUCCGGCUUGCAAACCUUUUUUGGAAGCCGAACGUGCUCCGUUUUGAGUGCCACACUUCCGUUUUAAGUGUUCCGCUUCCGAUUUGAGUGUUACACUGAGGUCUGUCUGUUUUUGCUGUUUAUUUUGCAUUUUUGUGGCUCUCUUUUGUUUUUGUUUUUGUGACUGUGUGGAACUGAGCUCAGGUACUAAUCGAUUGAUUGAUUGAUUGAUUGAUUGUGUGACAACAGUACAUUGUACAUUUUUUUCAUUUUAUGGAUCAAUGGUCUCUUUAGAUAGUAAAAUUCAUGUUAAAUUGCUGUUUCAGGGGUUGUUUUUAAAAGUCUGGAACGGAUUAAUCCAUUUUGCAUUACCUUCUAUGGGAAAGCGUGCCUUGGUUUUGGAACGCUUUGGUUUUGGAACAGACUUCCGGAAUGGAUUAAGUUUGAGAACCAAGGUACCACUGUAACACAAUUUUUCCCCGGGGCAGAAGUGCAGCCAGACUGAAUUUAUACAAUUUGAGGAUGGCAAACCGCCAAAGCCUCUUCCCCAAGUCUGGGGGGCGUUCACAUGGGCUCACUGCCUUUUGAGGAUGCAAUUGGUCAUGAACACCUACAGCUGGUUGAUCUAUUUAGCUUUGCGGUUCCAAGCUUUGCACGAAAUUAAUCCAUUAAUUGAAAACCUGCUUAGUAAUUUUUAACUUCGAGUAAUUGGUGCCUGCUGAUGGUUUUGGCAAGAUAGGAGAGAGAGAGAGAGAGAGAGAGAGAGAGAGAGAGAGAGAGAGAGAGAGAGAGAGAGUUGAGAAGCAGCCCAUGUUGUAUCCUGAGAGGGGCCAGCCGUUGAUAAAUUGGUAGCACCCCCCACCCCCGUGGGGGUCCUUGAAUCGGAGAUGGGGAGCUUCCUCUCUGACCUGGUGAGUACCUCCUUCUUCAUAAGCCAUUUUCAUAAGCUAUUAUACAUUUUUUUAAAAAAAAUCCUCAAAAGUUACUCAUAGAGCAAAAACCGAAAACAUCAAUAUUGAUAGAUCAAGCGAACAACAGAAUUUGUGUUUUAGAAACCCACUCAAAUAUGAGCAUUUGGAGUAUGGUCUGACUAGCAAUGCAAAAUGUUCGCCCUUGGCAAUGAAGGGUGGAGCAGCAGUAACGGGGAGCAGCCCUCUGUGUGAGACCCACUUGAGAAUUUGGCUGUGUGGGGGUCUUUGCAGCAACAACAUCUAGAAUCUAACACAUGAGUUGCGUCGCACUGGACCUUCACGGCAGGCCAUGGCAUCCUUUGGGAACAGGGUACUGGAUAUGUUUUCUCCCCUUGCACGGUGUGACACCUCCCUGCCUUCACUUUCUGACCCACAACUUCCCCCCAGUGUGUCCUGCCUACCUUGGAUGGUCAGGGUGGUCCUUUGCCUCAACUGGUGCUGCUGCAGUUGCCGUGGUGAUUUCAGGUCCUCCGCUCCCCCGGCCUCUUGUCACCACAAAAGGAUGCUCCCCAUUACUUCUGCUCCAGGGGUGGGGGGGAGCAGUACCUGACCUGGAGCCCCCAGCUCAUGUCUCCAAGUUUUGAGAAAUCCUACCUGCACAGAAUUAUUCUUUUUCUCUCCGAUGAGGCUUCACGAUGUGCUGGGUGGAAGUGGCAGAAGAUGGGUGCGCUGGUUUUCGGGAAGGUGGGUGGCUUUCUUCUGGCUGAGGCAAAGCAAGAGGCCUGUUUUCUCCUGGCCACGGCAGCAGACCCCCUUCAUUGUCCUUCCUUUUUCAAAGGAAAAUAUCUGGCCAGUUCCUUUCAUCCCAAAUAUAGGUAUGAACAGGGUCUGCAUUUUACCACUAGAGGACAGCAGAUAUCAGAAGGGAAAUAUAUAUAUAUAAGGAGGAUAUUGGGGUCCCUUGUUAACACACCUCAGGGGUCUGAGGGAAGCCAGGUCAAGAAUUAUGAAAGAACAAGUCUAAAGAAGAAAUCUUACAAGUAAGAGAAGAAAGGUUAAUAAGGUCUGACAGAGGGUAUUAUUUGUAAAGGAUUUUUGCUUUAUUUGAGAAAUGUUAUAUUUUGCUGUGUGAUACAACUGUUGUUUGUGUAUUUCAGUUUUUAUUGAAUAAGUAAAAGCAAUAAAAAAUCACAUGAGAAAAAAAAGAAUUAUGAAACUUUUCAUAUCAUCAUAGACGAUCUGUCAAUACUGGCCAGUUAUUCAUCAUGUACUAUAGAAUUAAUUAACAAAUCCAUUUUAAAAGAGAAAAGAAAAUACUCGUGAUAAAUUCCAGCAUUUGAACAUUCGGCUUUGUUCAUUUGCCAAUUCUGUAGAAUUUUUCUGAAAUCUACUGUGUAUUUCCCCCCCUUUGGGGCACCAGGAGAUGCCCUUCAAGCUUCAAAGGCUCUGGAUAUGCUUUGUCUUUACAGAUUCAAUAUCGCGGGUUGUUCCAGAUGAUCUUUGUGCUGGGCAUAGGUGGCAGCUUCCCAUACGGGUUUCACAUUUCUGUGAUCAACUACCCCUCCCUGCACAUUAAAAAAUUCAUCAACGAGACCUGGCUGGAGCGGCAUGGCUCCCCUCUCCCGCAAGAAACCAUCCUCUUGCUGUGGUCCUUCAUUGUUUCCAUCUACGGCAUAGGGGGGCUCUUGGGAAGCGUGUGCUGUGGGUACCUGACCACAAAAUAUCGGAAAAAGAAAUGUCAGAUGUUCACCAACUUGAUCAUGCUGACGGCUGCGUCGCUCAUGGGUUUCAGCAAGAUGGCCGGGUCCUUCGAGAUGAUCCUCCUGGGGCGCUUUCUCUACGGAGUCGGCAUUGGGUUUUCUUUCAACAUACACCCUCAGUACGUGGGAGAGAUUUCGCCAAAGAAGCUGCGCGGAUUCACAAAUGCCACCGUGGCUGUUUUCUUGACCCUCGGGAAAGUCUCGGGACAAGUGAUGGGCUUGGGGGAAAUGUUAGGCAGUGACUUCUUGUGGCCUUUGCUACUGGCUUUCAGUGGGCUCACUGCAGUAGUCCAGCUGCUGGCCCUCCCUUGCUUCCCGGACUCCCCAUCCUACCUUCUGAUCCAGAAGGGCAAUGAAGAAGCCUUCAUGAAAGCCAUCAAGCAGCUCUGGGGCGAAGGUGACCACCAAGCGGAGAUUGAGGACCUCAAGAAGGAGAAGUCCGCCGUGGCCAGCACCAAGAGCCUGCGCGUCCUGGAGCUGAUGAAGGCCCGCUCCUUCCGCUGGCAGCUCUACGUGAUGAUCACAGUCAUGACCACCUUGCAGCUCUGUGGCAUCAACGCAAUCUAUUUCUACUCCUUUGAAGUCUUCCGCACAGCCAGGUUUGAAGAGGAGCUCAUUCCGUACAUCGCUCUGGGCGUGGGAAUGUGCGAGUGCCUCUCGUCCAUCCUGUGCAGUUCCCUCAUUGAGCGCUUUGGACGGAGGCUUCUGCUCUGGGGGGGCUACGCCGCGAUGGUCCUGGUCCUGGCUCUGCUCACCCUGACCCUCUCGCUCCAGCACCGUUUCUUCUGGAUGCACCACUUCAGUGUGGUCCUCAUCUUCCUCUUUGUGCUCUUCUAUGGGAUCGGGCCUUCUGGAGCCACCAUUGCCGUGAUGGUCGAGAUCUUCAACCAGACCUUCCGCCCGUCGGCCUUUGUGAUCGUGGGGUUCAUCAACUGGAUGGGUCUCUUCCUGCUUGGGAUGAUCUUUCCGUUCAUUGUGGAAUAUCUCGGCCCCUUCUGCUUCCUGAUCUUCAUGGGCAUCCUUGCAGCCUCCGGCGUUUUCAUCUUCUUGUUCCUCCCGGAAACAAAAGGGAAAUCUAUCAUGGAAAUUACAGCAGAGUUUAAUAAGCUGAAUUAUGCAAAGAAACAAGUUUUCCCUGCUGAAAAUAAUGUUCCUCGGGAAACCAUAUUCUGCACCAGGCUUUAACACCCCAUUUGCAGAACCUCCAGCUCUGGGGGAGGGGAGAGAGGAGGGGAAAGAGUCACCAGCUCUGCCCCGAUGCAAAGAAAACAACAGCCUGCCCGUGGCUUUCAGCCAAGAUGGGACAUUUCACCAGUUUACAUCCUAUUUCCAGUUUACAUCCUGUUUCCCACGAGAGACAGGUUAUCUAUGGUUUGUUUACUCCCAACAAAUUGCGAUCUGAAGCCAUGGUUUGUUGUUGGCUUAUGAACCUUGGUUUGGUAUUAUGUCUAACGUGCCUUUAACCAUGGUUUGCUUGAACCCCCGACAAAAAACAGCAACUCACCAAACCAAAAAGGCAAAAGCAACUGAAAAACAAGUCAAAUAUUGGAGAAGGAGGCCACGGCUUGUUUGAUUUUCUGUGGAGUGACUUGUUAACCCAUGGUUUGUUAAACAAACCAUGGUUUAGUGUAGUGGGGAGGAAACUGUAGCCCUCCAGGUGUUGCUGUAAUCAUUCCUGCUCAUUGGACAUGCCGGCUGAGAUCUGGAGUCCAGCCAUGGCUGGAGAGCCAUAGAUUCCUCACUCCUUGCACUCUCUGUGAACCAGGCCUAUUUCAUCCAGUGUCAUCUGGUGCCCCCACAGUUGUGGCUAUAUUCGAUUCUGAGUUUUGUAAUGUUUACUUCUGCUGUAUGUUGCUUUGAAUGCAGAAGGUGUAUAAGAGUGGGGUAUAAAUGAAAUAAACAAUGAUCAUUUCUGCAAAGGCUUCUUAGAACUCUGUAACACCAGAGGCUGGGGGCAAAAAUAAAUAAACGUCAUCAUGCUAUUGCUCACCAUACCUUGCGACGUAGCUGUUAAGUGGUGAUGACUCCAAGCUCAGGGGGAACUCCAGAACACGGCCGAUCAAA